CUUGACAGAGAAGUAGAGGAGAAGGUUUGGAAGAGGAAGAGUGAACAUGCUAGAUUCAUCAAAAAAGAGAGAACAUGCUAGUGUUUUGCUUUCCUUUCCAUGAUUGGAAUCCAAAAAAGCUAUCCAAUCAAUCUCUUUACAAUGCGUGGGUGGCAAGGCUUCUCUCACGUACGUCUAAGUUCUAAACGAAACCAGCUAGCUACAAGCCAUUUACAACAACACUUGGCUAGCUACCUCUCUAAUUCUCUUUCUACAACAAUCACCUGCUUAUUGAUCACUCCAUUAAAGGCACCUCCUUAAUUCAAUGGAGUCUCUACAGGAAUUGAGUGUCUUGGAAGCAAACAAGCGAUUGCUUAAGGAACUUGAAGACAUGGGUUUCCCACGGAUCCAAGCUGCGAAAGCACUUCAUUGUUCUGGCAAUACUGACAUUGAAGCUGCCAUAAAUUGGAUCGUUGAUCACGAGAAUGAACCAAGCAUCGAUCCAAUGCCCCUGAUAGCAGUGAACAUUGAUAUCGACUCUCCUCAGCCAAUUCAAACUACGGAGGAAAUGCAAAUAAAAGCACAAGAAUUAAGGAAUCAAGCUCGGAAGGAGAAGGAAGAUGAAGAAAAGAGAUUGGAACGAGAAAGGGAGAAGGAAAGAAUUCGAGCUGGUAAGGAAAUCCAUGAGGCAAAGCGAAUUGCUGAGGAUAAUGAAAGAAAACGUUAUUUAGCCUCGAGGAAAGCAGAGAAAGAGGAAGAGAAAAGAGCAAGGGAGAAAGUUCGUCAGAAACUUGAAGCUGAUAAGAACGAACGAAGGCGGAUGCUUGGAUUGCCAUCAGUAAGCCAUACAGCUACAAAACUUUCUAGCCCUUCCACACAUGAUAAAAAGAACUAUGUCAGCGUUGCCUCUGUCUCAAAAGUAGAGCAGUUAAGAGAAUGUUUACGGUCUCUCAAGCGCAGUCACAAGGAUGACGAUGCCAGAGUCAAAAGGGCCUUUCAAACUCUUCUUGUAUAUGUUGGGAAUGUUGCACAGAAUCCUGACAAGGAAAAAUUCAGGAAAAUUCGCAUUGGUAAUCCAUUAUUCCAGAGUAGGGUUGGAAGAUUGAGAGGAGGCGUUGAGUUUCUUGAACUAUGUGGGUUUGAAAGAAUCGAAGAGGACAAAUUCUUGUUUCUUCCUCGUGAUAAGGUUGACUUGGCUGUUCUAAACUCAGCAGGACUGGAGAUAAAGUCUGCAAUGUCGAAUCCUUUCUUUGGACUUCUCUCCAAUCCGUAAGAUAUCAUAAUAGGUGUUACAUCAGGUUACUUUCUCGAUUCUUAAUCAAGUUGUAAACUUGGAGAUAAUCGAAACGAGAAGAAAAUAUACAAGACAUUGGUGUGUGUGUGUGUGUGUUAAUCUUACAGUCUAAUGCAGCGUAGCUCUCCUUCUAAUCA